AAUCCGCGGUGGCUGCCUUGGCCCGGUUGUGAGAUUGAAAAGAAUAAGCUGUGCUCACGUGGCGUUUGAACGGUGGCGAAAAGCGUUGCGUUAAAAACGCGACCGACGUGCCUGCGGCCUGAAAAAUCCAUCGCUUCUUUCUUUACGUGAUACGUUCGCGUGUUUGACCGUGCGCGAUUCGCGACAGCGCGCUUGACCAGCGCAGUCGGGCUACGUUUAGAAGGCAGCCAUCUUGCAAUCCCUAAUCAAAGAUCCACGGCUAGCGGGUAUCGCUGUCUGGUUUGCGGCCAGUUAAUAUCAACACACAGUUCGUCAAAUGGCUUUAAAGCGAAUUAAUAAGGAACUUCAGGAUCUUGGCAGAGAUCCGCCAGCACAAUGCUCGGCUGGACCUGUGGGAGAUGAUUUAUUCCACUGGCAGGCAACUAUCAUGGGACCACCCGACAGCCCGUAUCAAGGAGGGGUAUUUUUCCUAACAAUACACUUUCCAACAGAUUAUCCAUUCAAACCACCUAAGGUCGCAUUUACGACUAGAAUCUAUCAUCCUAAUAUCAACAGUAAUGGAAGUAUCUGUUUGGAUAUUUUAAGAUCGCAAUGGUCUCCUGCACUCACUAUAUCAAAGGUGUUGCUGUCAAUAUGCUCCUUGCUGUGUGAUCCAAAUCCAGAUGAUCCAUUGGUACCAGAGAUAGCCAGGAUAUACAAAACCGACAGGGAGAAGUACAAUGAAUUGGCACGUGAAUGGACGCGCAAGUAUGCCAUGUGAUGCGCCAAUCUCCGUUGACUUCAACAUCCAAACACCACCAAGAAACAGCCCCAGCCUAUUGCCACUUACGCAUCAGCACCGAUUGAAAUUAGCUAUGGCUCGUAUACUUUUAAACUUUUAAGCCAGUAUUCGGGCUCGAGGAAUCCUCAGACAAACGUGAUCGAUCUGAACUUCCCGCGGUUCGGGAAGCCCGCGAAUAUUAAGAUGUUGCCAAAAUGGCAAUUGAGGCAAUUUUGAAGGUGAUCACCCAGCAUUAUAUACACUGAAUCAGAUAACAAAAACUUGUCCGCUUUGUUUUUCAUAAAUAAAAAAAAAAAUGGAAGUAACAUAUAGGAGAGUGAAAGUAGGAUUUGUAUUUGAAUCUAAUAGAUUUGAUUUCGAAUUAUCGUGCUUAUAAUAAUUGUAAUAUUACGAUACCUACUUUCUCAGUGGAAAUGGAAACUUUGAACUGAUAGCACAUCGAUUGUUAGUCUUAACGCAAGUGAGCAAUGUUUGCCCGUCCCUUGGAACAAUGUGGUCACUCUUUUGUAAGACUGGGCUAUAUAUAUAUAUAUAUAAAUAUUACUGAAACUGUACGUGUAUGCUUUGUUCAAUUAUUAAAAUUCCUUAUACCUAACAAAUUCUACAAGUAACUCGAAAUCUGUGCUUUUGGUUCCUGUGUGUGUGUGUGUGUGUAGUAAUUUAAUUAUGCAUAUCUUUAAUUGGCAGAUGGCAACCGUGCGACUUUAAGUAAUCGGAAGUAUAUGCAAAUGCUAGAUAUAAAAAACACAUAUAAUUAUUUAACCUUUGGCGUAUGUACCUGCAGUUUCGUGGGUCUUCACUAUGUAAUUUAUCGGAGAUAACAAGAGUGUGAAUAGCUUAUGUCACGCUCGUAAUCCCUUUUGGCUAUCAGUUUUCAAGCUGAUAUGAGAAACUGUAGAUGUCACUAUUUAUCAGUAAAUAAGGGAGCGAUUAAGUUCCGAUUAUUUAAAUUCAUAUAUAAAUCGCGUUAUAAAUUAGGCGACAAAUAUUUCGACGACGUGAAGAGAUUGCCAUCGGAUUCCUAAAAUCUCGGCGAUUCGUCUCGUACUAUAGUAUAUAAAUACACAUUAUUAAGAUGUGCGUCGCGUUUUGCGAGUCAGGGAUUCGCAUUACAUUCAUCAUCCGUCGCGACGUUAGUUUACUCAUAUCUAUACUUUUAUUGCUGUUUUGCAUUUGUUUAAACGGCAAUUUUUUAUUAUUAUUAUUUUAAUUUAGUUCUCGUGAUCGCUCCUUUCCCCCGAUGUUUUUCCUUUCAUCCACAAAAUAAAUUUGUCACACGAUCGUACUAUCCAUUCUGCUGAACAAACAAUAGAUUAAAAUAAAAUCUUAUUUAAACAUUGCAAUAUUUUCAAUAUUGUAUUUCUAAUAUAUUGUGGCUGUAAGAGUAAAGCGAUGUGAUUACAUAUUAUUUCUUAAAAAAACCUAGCUAUAUACAAAAUGAACAAGAUGUAUCGUUAAAUUGCGAAAUGUCAUUAUCAGCUCGAUAGUUUGUUUAAGAUUAUAUAAAACUACAUAAUUGCACUAUUUGAUGGUGCUAGCAAUGUGUUUUGGCUUCUAAUCAUAGAUAAAUAAAAUCUGAUACGUCAUAAAAUAUAAUUACUUAAUUAGUGCAUAAGUAAAACGACUUUGUCUUGCGAAAACAUGUAAAGCACGCGUUAUAACGAAGCGUCUCGAUGUAAUCGGUGCUUAAAUAUGGCAAGCUGAUGGGGCGAUUAAAAGAAUUUAGAGAAGAAACACAUAAACACAAUACACAUACACAACACAGACACAAAUCGAUUAGUAUGUAAUACGGCGGCCCGCUGUUUACGCCGACCUUGUCUCAUACGAACGUGUAUUUGCUGUAAUUUAAUUACGAGUAAACACGUCGAAUCUGGUAUUUAAAAGUUAUAGUCCUCAAAGAAAAUUGAUCAUCGUUCACCUCUAGUAGAGAAGAUGACUCUAUUCAUGUGUAUAAUUAAUUAUUACUACCGCAAUAAUGAACAUUUUUAAUAACUUAUCUUGUGUAUAUUUUAGCAUUAGCCCUUUAUAUAAUAAAGUUCACAUGAUGAUAAGA